CUCACCGGACCAACAUGUGUUUGUGCUUUACAGUGGUGGUCCUGUAGAGAGCGGUAGAUAGUUUUAAUAAGUGGUUACCCAGCCAAGCUCCCCUUACUGUACCGUACACAAGCGGGGGGAGGAGCGACCGUGUAGUAUUUCUUUUUGCGUCUUUCCCUUCUGUCGUUGCAGCUCAUCCAAACGCUAGGCUACUUGAAGGCAUCACAAAACAGGAGGAACAAACAACUCAUUUUGACGCAAAAGCUUUGUCGGAAGGAGGACAGGGAUCUGUGUGAGGAGCGGGGGGGGGUCAUUUUGGCAGUCCGAGCCGCAGCAGCUUAGCGGCGGACUGGGCUUCGGAGUGAGCGGGACGUGUAGGCGCUGCACACCGGAGGAGCUCUGCUGACUUUCUCCCGCUUCAUUUCCGCCUAAUGCCCAAAUAUCCAACCCGAACUGGUGCCCAGACCGCGAGUUCCCUGAGAGCUACGUUGGGAUGAAAUCUGGGAUGAGAUUUAAAGACACAACACUGAAGUGAAGAAAACUCACCACCAAGGUCGAAGACGAGGCAGACCAUACAACGCAGAAGGCCUGGGGAAAUCAUUAACCGCACGCAUGCAAUAUGACUGAUUGGAUCCCAUUGCACUCUCCGCAUUCCUGGGACUGAUAUCCACCUCAAGCCCCUGGCCGCAGUGCCAGCUUUGCAGUUUCAUAGCGAGUCUACCACACCUUGGAAACCUCUGGAAAUCUUCCCAAAAAAUAAAAAUAAAACUAGGGACAGGACCCUGUCAUGUUUCACUGACGGAGCCCUCCCAACCGGCGAAUGAAAAGUGUGCGUCCGAGGGUGGGGCUUGCCUCAGUCUCUCAUUAUUGGCUGCUGGAUGGAAUUAAGGUGAAUGGAAGACGUGCCCAAGGAGCAAGACCCUAACCCAUCAGAGGGAGAAGAGAAACGGUGGCUCAAUGGCCCGAAAAGGAAGAGGAAGAACAGCCAAUGUUCGUUGAAGAGUAUGACUGCACGUUGUCUGAGUGACAGCUCCAAAUCCCCCGAGCUGAAAGAAGCGAGUAAAGAAGGGUACAUCCCCAGCUACCUCGAAAAGGAUGAGCCAUGUGUGGUGUGUGGCGACAAGGCCACGGGUUACCACUACCGCUGCAUUACCUGCGAGGGUUGCAAGGGUUUCUUCCGUAGGACCAUUCAAAAGAACCUCCACCCCAGCUACUCCUGUAAGUACGAUGGCUGCUGCAUCAUCGACAAGAUUACCCGCAACCAGUGUCAGCUCUGCCGCUUCAAGAAGUGCAUUGCAGUGGGCAUGGCCAUGGAUUUGGUUCUGGAUGACUCAAAGCGAGUGGCUAAACGGCGUCUGAUUGAAGAGAACAGGGAGCGACGCAAGAGGGAGGGAAUGGUAAAAACCCUCCAGAACCGUCCAGAGCCCACCGACAGCGAGUGGGAGGUGAUCCACCUGGUGACAGAGGCCCACCGACACACCAAUGCUCAGGGCGCACAGUGGAAACAGAAGCGCAAAUUCCUGCCAGAAAAAAUCGGCCAGUCCCCGGUUGCCCCCACGUCAGACGGAGACAAGGUGGACCUGGAGGCCUUCAGCGAGUUCACCAAGAUCAUCACUCCUGCCAUCACCCGUGUCGUCGACUUUGCCAAAAAACUGCCCAUGUUCUCUGACCUACCUUGUGAAGACCAGAUCAUCCUGUUGAAGGGCUGCUGCAUGGAGAUCAUGUCACUGCGGGCUGCCAUGCGCUACGACCCAGAGAGUGAGACGCUGACUCUGAGCGGGGAGAUGGCUGUGAAGCGCGAGCAGCUGAAGAACGGCGGCCUGGGCGUGGUGUCGGACGCCAUCUUCGAUCUGGGCAAGAGCCUGGCACAGUUCAACCUGGACGACACGGAGGUGGCGCUGUUGCAGGCCGUGCUGCUCAUGAGCUCAGAUCGUUCGGGCCUGACCUGCAUGGACAAGAUCGAGAAAUGCCAGGAGACCUACCUGCUGGCGUUUGAGCACUACAUCAACUACCGCAAGCACAACAUUCCUCACUUCUGGCCGAAGCUCCUGAUGAAGGUGACCGACCUGCGGAUGAUCGGGGCGUGCCACGCCAGCCGCUUCCUUCACAUGAAGGUGGAGUGUCCCAACGAACUCUUCCCACCGCUCUUCCUGGAGGUCUUCGAGGACCAGGAGGUGUGAAACACAGUUGCUGCCACGCAAAGGGAAGAGAAGGUUGGGGCAAACUGGGAGACGGGAAGGGCCAUCAUCUUUGUAGGGGAAGGAUGGAGGGAGAGUCUUCUCUGCAGGAAUUUGCAUUUCUCCAUCAUCACAUUAACAGUAUGUGGUUUAAAAAAACUAAAACCAACAAUAACAGAAACAACACACCAGCAACAGGAGAGUCAAGCAAACAGAGGAUUUUGUUUUACGAACACCCUCUCCUCCACCUCUUUCUCCUCCUUUUACUUACCCCUGUUUUGUGUGGGGGCCCUUCUGUCUGAGCAUGAUGUCUUAUCUAGUAAGAGUUGUAGCCAUUUGCCAAGACACAUACACCAAAACACACCCACAACACACACACAACACACACACAAACACACAAACAGCCACAGCCUGUUCCACCUCAGUUUUUCAGAACAGCGCUCUUUGCAGGGGUCCGUUCCCCCUCACUGGUUCUUUUUUUUUUUAUCAGCCACAGAAUAACACACAGUAUCUCAGUAUUAUUUCUGUGUUAAGUGUUAAGGCAGUAAUUCAGUAAAUAUGGACAUCAUUGACAUAGAAUUGCUCACAGUCAUGCAGGCACACGCAAUCAGCACACACUGCGCAUUAAAAUGUCAGCAGAUGCUUUAAGCGUCCAUUGGUGUGUAAUGGCUGCUACCAGACCUAGUCUUUUAUCAAUUCCUCAACUCAAUCUGAGCCGUUUCAGCUGUUUUUGGAACUUCUUCUUAGAUCCCAGUGAAAUCGGUGCUAUAUUUAUAUAAGGCUACUCCAGUUUUAUGAAAUUGUGUUGUCUACCUUUGAAAACAUGUGCAGAACAUGGCACAUAUCUACCUUCAGUUUUGUCAUUGGACCGGCUCCUGUGACACACACACCACACACACACACACCACACACACACCCACCACACACACCACACACACACCACACACAACCACAGCAAGCUUGCCCUGACAUUGGCUGCGCUGCUUUAGCCAGCAGCCUACAAUCAUUUUAAUGACAAUUAAGCCCCUCUCUUUCCAAGUAGUUAUUGCAAAGAAAGAAACCAGGGAGGGAAGAGGAGGGAGGAGCAGAGACUGAGGAAACAAGAUGUUGUAGCUGGCCUGUAGAGUCAGAGCCAGGGUCAGAAGUAAAUCUCCCACAUGCAUCCUCCAAGGAGGUUUUCAUUAGCAGCAACCACCAGCGAGACGGCAAAGCUCAUCUCACACACACACUCCCACACACACACACUCUCACUCUCUCACACACACACACACACACACACACACACACUUGUUCUCUCUCUGUCUUUCUCUUACACACACAUAAACGCAUAAACAUGAAAACACACAUCACCUCAGAGUAACGUGAAUGCCUCAUUUUACUGUAUACACUGCACGGCAGUGUCAAUAUAUACAGCCCUAACCUGCAGGGUUUGUUCAGAGUCCUCUCCUCACGGACUCAGCUCAGUGUGGCCCUUCCAGGCUUCCAUACACAUUUGCCUUUUUUUAAACAUGGGCUUCACUGAGCGCAGGCAAAUGCCAAUAAGGCUACUAUUUACCUCAAAGUGGAUACACCCCAAGGCUUGGGCAGCAAUACUGCCCCUGUGGUGUCAGGCACUACCUCACCUCUGUGGACACAGGGCAGCUGCCCUCAGCCUACACACAGACAUACACCAUUCACCAAGUUGGCGCAUGUGUAGGUUAACACACAAAUGUGCAUAAUAUUUACAUUGGUGCACACUUAUAGUGGAAAGACAAUAUAUAUAUAUAUAUAGAAAUAUAUAUAUAUAUAUAUAUAUAUAUAUAUAUAUACACACACACACACACACACACACACACACACACACACACACACACACACACCCUCUCAGUGCUAUCACUUGGUUGAGGUUGAAGACAGGAGGGCCAGCCAUCCCCCCGGAAGGUUUUAACGACUCCAGGGAAUGGUACCCAUUACAUUCGGGUGAUCUCUUUUUGUUAUAUGGGACCAAGUGUUGUCUUUUGAAAUUUGGAUUUACCUGUUCCUGUCUAAACAGAAACGGACUCACAGAAGCGACGAAGGACAGUGUAGAUGUGCAGCCCAGCUGACACCCAUUUACACAAGUAGCAAGAGGAAUGAUGACAGAGUACCUGAAAACCCUGUGGUGGCCACGCCUGUCGAACUAGCACGCAGAGAAAGGGCUGUUUCCUUCUGCAUCAUGGCGAUCUUCCACAGUACACUCAUGAUGGCUGCCAGCGGAUAUUGGUACAUGGAAAUAAGCUUUCUUUCAUGCAUGGACAGUGCAUUAGACGUAAAAAUGUAGAAUGUUCUCAACGGAAAUGAAGCUUCUUAAGAGGCAUCUCUUUUAGACUUGUGCACUUUACCAAUGCUUACCACUAUACCGGUAAUAUCUCACGUCAAAUAUCCAUGGCAGAUAUCAUAGUGUACUUGCCAAAAGACCAUUCAAGAAUGUUAAUUCAAUUAUGAAAGCCCACUUUGUCCAUUCCAAUUCUGGGGCCAAGCUUAGUCUAACUGGGUUUACCACUCUUACAAGAACAGAAUGAAACAAAAAAGAAAGACUGAGAAAAUCUAUUUUAUAUGCAAUGCCAAGCAGUAGUUCAUACUGGGCGCUUGUACAGGAUGGGUAAUCUGCACCCCUGAGACGUACCUAAGCGGAGUAACGUGGCAGGGAUCAUGGGUAAUCGUUACAGAUGGCCACGCCUUACUGCUUUGACAUCUGGAGCAAAGCUGGGAGGAGAGAGUAACUGGAACACCACCUUUGGGUACAAUGGUGGAGUCUGGUCUGACUCCAAGAAGAAGCCCUACUCGAGCCUAUGAUAAUACCCUUACUGGAGCCUAGCUCAGACUAAAUCGCACCCCUCCACCAUUUUACCAGCCCCCACCCAGCCAGGCUGGUGGGAGUUUUUGCACUACUGCAGCAGUCCCCCCUUCAGCCCUUUGCUCGCAAACUUUGACCCCACCCAUUAGUUUCGCCCACCAAAACUUACCUCAUUUGGGCCAAGUUUUGGUGGGGGGGAUACUAAUUUUGGGGUGAGUUUUGGUGGCUCUGUUUAACAGAGGCUGAUAGUUGCAGUGGGCUCAGUCCCAAACCUGACCCGUUGUCAGUAUUAGAUCAACAGCAUAUGACCCUCACCCCUUAACCAACUCAACCAGGGGUGGAGAGAGAUCGCUGCGUAAGAGGGCUGUAUAGCACUUAUUCAUUCUCCCUGUAUUACUCAUUUUCCAGUUAUCCUUUCUAUAGACACAGCCCAGGGACAUUUCAAUUUCUGAAUCCUCCCUUCCAUCAUCUUCUCUCCCCCUCUUCUCUUCCCUAAGCUCCCUAGCUAUCCCACCCACUCACCGCUGAGGCCCCCAGUUUUGCCCAGAAUCAUUGACACCAAACGGGAUCCAGGCCUCUCCCUUGUGAGACAAGGCUGGCCAUAACUGCCCUUUUAGAGUGGCACCACCGAAUGAAUGUGAACGGCAAAGCAGUAGCCAUUGGAGCGAGAGACUUGAGCGCAAGAUUAUGAUGAUGUGAGAGAAGAAGAAAGCGUUGAACAGGAAACAAAAACCUGAGGGACUCAACCCUCACUGCCAUCACUGACAUAGGUAGGAAAGAGGGUGAUGUGGCUGGUUGUACAGACAAUGUUAGCAAACACUUGGGGAAAGGGGAGACGGCGUUGUAGGAAUAUGGACAGUCUCCCCUUUAGUUCCCACACAACAACCGCAUAUGAGCCCCUGCUCCCAUGCCAGCUGACAACCCCAAAUGUCCGCCCUCAGCUCCUUCCAAAAGGAUGACCUCCAACUUUCAUAUGGUGAGGAUCGGGAAGAGAUCCCUCAUUCCAGAGAUGCAGGUUUAGAAUUCCAACACAUCUUCGUAAAAGAACUGAAAAAGAGAAGAAAAAAAACGUAUUGAUGUCCUUUGUUCUCGUGAGCUGCCUGGGUAUGUGUGUGACAGUAGGGGUUAUAAUGCUGCUUUACCGUCUGAGUCUGAUUUAGAUUAAGAAAAAAAGAUAUAUGAAAUGAUAAUGAAUCUACAAAUCAAAAAAUGAAAAGAGAUGACUUAAAAAAAGACUCCUGAACAAACAUAUUGGAGAUUUGUUUCGUUUUAUCAUAGUUUUCUUAUUUUUCUGUUUGUUUUUUGACGCUUAAACUGCUUUGUGUAAAAAAAGGAAGAAAAAAAAACAGCUGUAGUCACUUUUUGACCAUGCGUGCAGUGUAACAUUGAAAAUAUUUCACUUAUUUUUCACAUCUAUGCUUUGUGUUGAUAAGCCAACUGAUCUGUUUGUCUGUGUGUCUGUCCAGUUGUCCGUCCCCUUUUAUCAGGAGGAAUUUACAACCAACAAAACAGGAAUUUCUUUUUUUAUAUUUUUGUUUCUUUUUUAUGAAAUACAACUUUGGAAAAAAAAACAAAAAACAGGAAAAAUAAUACAACAGAAACUGAAAAUACUAAAAAAAAAAGACUAAAAAAAAGAAUCUUGUCAUACCUCACACAACACAAAACUCAAAGGAACUUGGGAGGAGUCAUAUUUUACAGGCACAUGUGAAAGUUCAGAGAUAAGCAUUUAUAGAGUAAAAACAUGUAAAUGUCAAGAUAAUAUGUGCUUGUGUGUACGCAUUAGUAGAAGUUACAAAAGGACUCUCUAAAGCUUUUCUGCUCACUCCCUUAUUUGGUUGUGAGACGCUAGAGAUCAUCUGCUAAUGCGGGCACUUCUCCAACUUAAGGCACAGUCUACAGACAGUAAACUUAAUAAUGUGAAUGGCCCAGAGACUGAGGGAUGAGGACUUUUGUAAUGGCUGAGAGUUUUAUGGUAUUGAAUGUAGCUGACAGGAGGGGGCUGGACCUGAGCCCGGCACCCACAACCCAACUUCCACACACCAGCAGAAAAGAUAGUGGUGUCACAUAGACGUUAGAAACAAACAACAUUGAAAAUAUACUGUAUAUUGCCCAUCUGCAAGGUGCAAUACUAUUUUAUGUAUUUUUGUAAGUUUUCUGUUUUGAUCUUAUUUUUGUUUCAUUUACAUUUUAUUUUUGGCCAUAAUCAUGGAUGUAAAUACAAACACAUACAACACUCAAGAUUUAUUGCAACAUAAGCAAAGUAAUGUAUAAUGCUUCAUACAAUUGUAUGUGUGCACUCUCUCACAUGUGCAUGCUGAUCCAUAUUCAGACGUGCCCCGUGACAUUAAUCAUGAACCCUGUGCCUCUUGUUGUUUGCAGAAAGAUAGAUUUGUAUCCCUCAUAUACACAUGAAUGGCUAUAGUUGUGUGUGUUUACCUAUGGAAUCAGUUUCAAUUCUUCCAAACUAUUGAUGUGAGUGUUACCAGCAGCCACAGUGGCUAAAGGUUAGAAGGGAAGUGAGGUGCUUUUAAUGAGUAAAGUGGGAAGUGGGGAGAGGGAUAUAUGAAUAGAAUAAAGGCAGGUUAUUGUUUGGCGUGAAUGUUAGAUGACGUGGCUGCAACACACCCACAUCAAAAAUUGGAAAAAGCCAAAAUGGAUUUCUUCAUUUGUUCGCCCUCCACUGCCUCCCAGAAUCCAGCCUAAAACUCUUGCAAGCUCAGUUUUUGAUACAAGGUCAGAAACCUGGCCCAGUUUACAACAGGGACUGGUAGAGAGGCCCCAUUUACACAAUGAUCUUGAAUCCAGAUAAAAUCCAGAUGCAGACUUUCAUAGACUCUAAGCACCAUAUAUGCAUCUGUCAGUUGGCCAGAUCUUGUCUUGGUUUUCUAGAGUACAUGCAACUCGGAGUAAGCCCCACUACAGUUAAGGUAGUGGUAGUAAUGUACCUGAAGCUGUUUGGUAACUCCCAAAAAACCUCAAAUGCUACUUCCAUAGAUAGCUUACUGAUGAAGUUACACUUUGGAGGAGUAAUGAUUUCAGAUGCAUUAAAACCUUAAAUACAUCUGAAACCACCUUCCAAGUUGGCUUAAACAAUCAGAUUUCAAUCCUUUUUCAAUGCCUCUUAGAUACAUUUCUACAUCUUUGAGAUCCUCUAGCUAUCCAAUCUGCUCCCAGACAUAGAAGUAAAGUGUAAAUGGAGUCUUAGAUGAUGACAGUUUAAACCAUAUUUGGUUUUAGCUCUGAUUGGUUAAAGCUGAAAGUAAUUUUGCUCUAUGAUGAUACCCUUUACCCCGGCAAAUUGUGUUUGCCAGACCACAACAAGCAAAGUAAGGGUUUAAGGCUGGCUUUGCGGGGGCCUCCAAUCCCACAAUCCCCAUAGAUGAUAUGAUCCUGUUUUAUUCCCUCAUGUUGACACAUUCGACAAGGGUGGACCCCCAAUGCCAAAUGUAGAGUUUGUGAAGACAUGCAAGUAGCAAGAUGUCUAUGCAAUUUCCCUCCUGCUCCCUCCAAAAGACUAGCUCACUGUAACAAACAACGAGCCAGUCUUGCUUAUAAAAUCAAAUUUGGCCUGGCUUGAAUUCCAGAGGUUCUUUGCGUGACCUAAAGGCCCCUGCUACUUUGUGUGGGUGAGGGCCAGGACUGUGUGGGUGAGCUGGCUUUAGCCCAGCUGACUGGCUGGUCCUUAGGAUCGGUAACUCUUCACAGAAGUCUCAGAGAAUAAGUAGGAGGGGUACUGGGGAUGUUGUGAAGAAAAAGGAUUCUACAAGAUGUGCUGUUUUUUGUGAACUGCUCAGAAAGGGGUGUGUGUGUGUAUGUUUGUAUGUAUGUAUGUAUGUAUGUAUGUAUGUAUAUGUGUGUUGUUUGGAAGUUUGGGUAUGUCCACUUAAUGCGAUGCUCUCAUUGUGUAGUGGAGUGAUCCUUAAGGCCAUAGAUUCCAAGGUUUAGACAAGCCCCCACAUUCACUCCUUCUGCAAUAUUUGUGAGAAGCUUUAUUUUUUUAUCCUGCGACCAACUUAAUGUACCCUUAAAGAGUAUUCCAGGUGAUUGAUGUCCAGUGGGAUGUAUGUAGCAAGAGCAAGUUUACUUUACCCAUUACCUCAGCUUUUGAGACGUGAGAAAAUGAUUUGACUUUGCAAACACAAAUCUUUAAAAAGAAAUCUACCUCACCCUACUGAGAUAAACAUCUACAAUCUACUGACCCCGAGCUGAACUUGAGCACUUAACUAAAAUGCACUUUCAAUGGCCCCUACCAACCCACAGUAUGUGGGAAAAUCUUAAAGCAAAAUAAAGAAAAAUGUAUAAAUAGGACCCAAGCCAAAUGCCUUUUGCACCAUUCAGUCUUUUAUCAACCCUAAAAUAAACAGAGUAGCACCCUUUAGGCAACAACAUUUAAGUAAUUAUAAAGUUUACGAUUCUAUUUAAUGAAGUGCAAUAAAUGAACGAGUGAACCUUUUGCCGUAUUUUUCCCUCAGCAGGUCUUUUGAGGGGAAAAUAAUAAUCUCAUGGUUGGUUUUAAAAAUGUGCCCCCCUCAGUGAGAGCAUCAGCUUAAACCCACUCCACAAACACACACAUACAUGUACACACACACAAACACAGACCACUUUCUGGGACUGGGUAAAGGAAGCUAUUGAAGGAUUCUCUCAGGUAAAAGAACAUUUUCUAAUAAAUGACGAUGAACCGUAGAUGAAAACCCAUUGUUAACUCAUCUUUUGUUUUUGUCUUCUCAAUUUACAAUCAGCAAUGUACCUUUUUCUGUUCUGUGUUCAGUCCUUGAAAAUGUGUAGACAUCCAGGUUUCAUAGUUUUGGAUCCUGAGUCUACCUCAAGUACAAAGAGUCAUGUCCUCAUUGCUUUCUUAAUCCUAAAUGAAAACAUGUCCUCAUGUGUGGAGGUAGGCGAGUGUUGUGUCUGUUUUGUUUGUUUGGUGCUGCACUGUAUGGAAGCCCAUUCUUGCUAGGACUGGGGUCUCUAACCUUUCUUCAUCUAAGGGCUACUUUAAAAAUACUUAAGUGGCUAAGAGCUACUUGCGUCACAUCGUACAUUUAUUACCAUAACACACAUAAGCUGAAUGAAGCUACUGUUUGCAACACCCAAAGCUUAUGAAAAAUCUUCACUUCAGGUCAAGGUUCAUGACCAUUUUACACUUCUUUUAGCCCAAAUAGUUAGCUUCAUCACUGAACAUCAGGGUCCAAGAAAACAUUAACACUUUACACUUCCAUGGCCCACAAAGUUAGCUACCUCACUUUUAAUAUUGGCGUAAUUUUGUGUCUUAAUUUGUCAACCUAUUGGCAAAUUACUGGACACCAGCUAGGAAAAAGAAAAUUCAAUUUUAUUUAUUUAGCCCAAUAACACAAGUUACAAAUUUGCCUCAAGGGGCUUUACAAUUCAACACCUUCUCUCUUUAGACCCUCGGUUCAGAUAAGGAAAAACUUCCCUAAAAGCCUUUAACUAGGAUCUCUGAAAGAAUCCCUCUCCCAGGGCUGCCCAAAAUGCAAUAGAUGUGUGUAUAGAAUAGACAUAGUAAAAUUACAGUAUGGCAAUCAGGAUGUCAAAAUUAUACUGUAGAUGGUAAAUAACAUAUGUAAAGAAUAUGGAUCAGGGACGACAUUAAGCAACUUCAGGUGUUGCCAAACAGAUUUUGUAGGACCUGAGUCACACAACUUUAUCUGCACUAUGGACGCCUGGAAAGAACACAGAUUACACAAACACACAAGAGGCAAAGCUCUAGCACAAUAUUCACACAGAUAGAAGCAAGGAAGUACACAGAGGGAGAGAAAGAAAGGGAAGAGGAGAGGCUGAAUCUCCUGGAAGACGAAGAUCCAGAUCCAAAACAUCUGGACUAGAAGGGCUCUUGAGAGCGCAGACCUCCACCGAGGCCGCGGCCAAUCUCGCAAUGUUAACCAAAGUGAAAAAUUGUUUGUGUAUUCGAUUUGGAUCAGCUCCAAAAUGCAAUACGUUAUGCCUUGGUCCUUGCUACCCUCUUCCACCAAGUUUCCUGAAUAUUGGGCCUGUAGUUUUUCUGUAAUCCUGCUGACAGUCAAACUAGAUCGAAAACAUAACCUCCUUGGCAGAGGUAAAGAAGCAGCGAAAGCCGAGGGAGAGAGAAGGUCUCAUGGUGAUGGCCGAUGGUCCAGCAUAGAAAAGCCUGAGUAAAAUAACAGGACAAGGAAAGAGAGAGAGAGAGAGAAAGAGCUUCACAGCUUGGACGCUCCUGUGCUUGUGGGACACGAACAACACAGAGGGUUAGUGCAAUUCAAUGGUUGUAAAAAAGUUUACAGGAUUCUCAUUGGCAGGAUGAACAUGGAAUAUAUAAGCACUAGGCUUAAUUGAUUUAUUACGAGUCAUAAAGGGAGAGGAGCUAACAAACAGCUGCGUUUGAAUAAGUCUGGCUACAGUGAAAGAAAUCUAGGAUUGUGGUUAUUGUUAAUGAUUAAGUAAGAAAAUUACUUCUUUAGCAGUAGAGAGGGCUGGACUGGCACGAUUGUCAGCAGUGCCUGUUGGUGCAGUGAAGCGAUGGAGCCAGGACCACAGGCAGUCGCUCACCAAGUGCAGUAAUGUUGUUGGACCAAUGUAUAAAGAGCUAGUGUCGCUAUAAAUUUAAUAAGAAAGUGAUCUGACACCACGGAUGUGACGGGAGAGCCUGUCGGAGCAGAAGCCUCCAUGCUGCGUUAUAGAAUCAAGACCAGGUUGUUUCCACUGCAGUUAGUUGGUUGAUGUUCAAAUUUAGUGAAACCAAAAGAAUCAAGAAGUGACAAGGCUACUAGAGGAUCGAAGGCUAUUUUACGGUGAAUAUUAAAAUCACCAAUAAUUAAUAUCUCAGAGUGAGUAACAAGAUCUGACAUAAAGUCUCCAAAUUCUUCUUAAAGUUGUGAAUAUAAGAUCCAGGCAGUCAAUAGAGUAACACAAGGUGGAACGAUUGGAGUGUGUUGACCUGGACAGAUCGUAAACGGUGGUUUGCGAUGGUAAUUUAGCAAUGUGGGUAAUGGAGUCCCUGAUUAUUAGCGUGGACUAUUAACAGGGCUAGCGAGGGUGGAUAACCGGUUGGGAGAGGUGACUGCAAAGCGGACCACACAACCAGUUGCUUCCCACACUGUGGAACAGGAAUAAAACUGCAUCAUCUGCAAACAAAGUUAUGCUAAUGCUUUCAUCUGCUCCAAGCCUGUGUCUGAAGCUAUCUGGAGUGCCUGUGAAAUCUAAGGUAACGUUAGCAAAGAUGAGGGGUUUUAACUGACGGACACGUCUCUCCAGAAGAGACACCGUAUCUUCAAAGGUGGAACAGUUGACAUAAACCAUAGUAACACAGUUAGGAGGUUGCAUUAGCUGUGGAUCAUUACAUGUUAUUUCACAUGUUGUACUUAAACAGUCACAAAUUAGUAUGACAUAAUCUUAGAAAGUAACAUUUAUCCCUAAAUUGUCUUAUUAAUGACUAAGUAUGACAUGAUCCUGAUUUCAAAAGUAAUUUUUUUCAUCUACAAUCUUCAUCAAUCAAUAAUUUUGAGUUAACAAGUUUUUUUUUUUCUAUCAUCCCUAACUUUUUAACCUUUUCUGUUUGGCAGAAAUGGGCUUCCAUAGCACAGUAUAAACGCACAAGAUUUGUGUCUUUUUCAGUCAAGCCAACCUAUUUCAAUUUUUAAAGUUCAGCUUGAUCAUAAAUAAAUAAAAGAUUUUGACUUUUCUCAUGAACACGUGCCAGAGUGUACACAGGAAAAUUCAGCCCUAACUAUCACUAACAGUCUAGUCUUUGCUCUCAAAGUGCCAGCUGCAAUAUCCAGCUCUCCCUCACCCAUUUGAGUAAUGGUGUACAUUCAGCCAUAUGUGGGUCCAUCCUGUUUCAGUGUGCUUACUGUUUAACUUUGUGAUGUUCUGAGAGGUUGGCAUGGCUAAAACCAAGCCUGUGCAUGUACAAUCUUCAUGCUCAUGUGAGAGAACUGUGUUCUGUUUUCUGUUGCUACAAAGGUCAGGACUUCUGAUCAACCCUUCUUCUCUUUCCCUCUCAAACGCCCCAAAGCACCUUUUUAGGCCGUGGUACAUGGCAGAAGUCUGUGAAACACAGUCCUGUCAUAGAGUUGUAUUAUCUAUUUUGAAGAAUGUUAAUAAUGUGUUCAGCAGGUAUCAGUAAAAAGGGGAGCCAUUUAUAUGUGUAAGUGGUGCGGUUGUUGGAGAUGAAAUCUGAAUUGCAAGAGUGGGUAAUACGAUAAUUCAAAAGAAAAGCUGCAAGGAUUCCCACAAACAAAAGCCAGCCCAGAGCAGAAUACUGCCGCGCCUGCAGUUUAAGGCUUUGGAGUGUUGUUCCUCUUUCCAAAUGAUGGCCUUAUUGAUUGCAAUAGUUUCCCUCCUUCUCUGCAGUAUUGUUUUACAUGUAUGUUUCAUAGGGCACUAGAGGAUUUAUUAUGAAGGCUUGCACAUAGAAAACGCAUGCUGUGGAUUUGGAUCUCUGGUAAAGAGUGAAAUAUUGUUACAGUUUACGAUUUCCCGAGAGUGAUUUUUAGGGGCUCGCAACACACAAUAUUAAUUGACUUAAUCUAAGCCAAUACUUCUUUUGUGGCCACAUUAGCACAAAAAGAAACCAGUCGAGAAUAUUUAAGCCCUAAUGAGCUGAAUAAUUAAAGUGCCAAAUCUGCUUAUUGGGCGCAUCAUCAACACUUUUUUUUUUAAACAUUAGAUAUGUGGUCAGUUUAUAAUUGUGAUUAUGUGUUAAUGGCUGAGUAAGAGGCAUUUUGUAUUGGCAAUUGUAUUGACCAUGAGAUAAAACUACACCACCUCACACUCCUCUAAUGGCCCAUGGAGCUCCAUUUGCUCUGGCCAUUAGACAUUAUGAAAUGUUUUGAGUGGAUCACUUUCCUGUUUUCAAACUGUUGCCUAGUACACCAAAUCCCAAGACAGAACUACGAGCACUUACAGGUGGUUUUGUGCUGCUCGGACGAUCUACAAGGAGAUUUAUAGUUAUGAGGAUAUUUUUGUAAACGGGUGGGAGAUAGCAUGUCUAGAUAGCUAAGAAUGUACAGAAAUUAGCUCAUCUUGUGAUAGUCUAAUCAGAGAUUUAGAUCAGAGAUUAGAUAAAUUAUUUAAAUUAUACGGUAGUUGGAGAAGCUCUGUGCUUAUAAGAAAAAUAUGCAAUGUUUGUCAGGUUGAAAAUAAGGUUUUGAAUUGGUUCAGAACUGCUCAGGAUUGAUAAACCGGCCUCAAAGGGUGCUUUCUGUCCUCAUCCUCCCUCUGUUCUUGUUCCAACAUAUCUCCCUUGUCUGUUCUGUCAAACACUCUCAGAGCACAUACACUAUCAGCUCUCUUGGCACAUACAGUACACAAGCCCACGGUUGUAUGCAAAACCAGAGAAUAUGCUCUCUUCUCAGCUCACCUUGAAACCUAAAGAAAGGGGUCAACUUAUGAACCGUUUCAACUCUGUAGCAGGUCCAAGCCACUUUAUACUGCACCAGCGAAUCACCAACAACCACCUCUUUAAGGCUCCAUGACCACUAGGACUAUCUUCUCUACUGUACCACCUUUUUUGCUCACACUGUUUGGCAAGUGUUGCAUGUACAGACAGCUUAGCAUGCUUGUA